GGCAACAGGUGUCGUCAUCACUUGAGGAGGGGCGUGCAUAAAGAAAGCAGCGUCCACAACCUGACGAUUAGUCAUACCUGUCUGAGGGACAGAACAGCAAACUCCGCACCUUUCCUUGCUUAUCCUUGUGACCCAAGAACAACACUGCAAUAUGUCGGACGAACGACGGACAGCGAUGGCUAAGCUGAACAUGUACAGAUGUUUGAUAGUGUUUGCCAUGGUCAUGGCAGCAUGUGCCGCGGUUGCCAUCAUCGUCUGUGGGGUUGUCAUUGUCAAACCAGUCAUUGAGACGAAAUCUUUGGAGUUUGAGAAAACACGAUGUACCACAACAAAGAGCUACCUCACUGGAAGGUGGAUGGAUUGCAGCUGUGGCGACAAAUGCUCAUCCGCAUACCCCUGUCUGCGCAUCCUUGUGACACACGGCGGCAAGGACAACGGCACAUACAGCGCUGUCUUGUUUGACACCGAGCAAAGGCUGAACAGCAAUGGGCAUCUUGGCGAGGAUUCCCAGUGUGCGUUUGCCCCUUGCGACCGCAACAGGAAUACAAACAUGGCCUCAGUCAAGGCCUUUAACGACACCCACAGUGCUAACGAAGUCUACGACUGUCUGUACCACCCGGACGACACAGCGGUCAGUAUUUUCUUGUUUAUCAAUUUGUUAGUUUGGCUGCCCAACUAGCCUGUGGCUAUUACA